AGAAUGAGCAAGACUUUCACCAUUUUCGGUGUGACUGGGCAGCAAGGCGGUGCUUUAGUCCGGUACUUACUGCGAAACCCCGCAUUUUCCGCUAUAUAUCGGCUACGAGGCGUCACGAGAGAUGCUUCCAAACCCGCGGCGGUUGAGCUUCGUAAGCGGGGCGUCGACAUCGUCGAGGCCAACCUGGACAAACCGGACACUUUAAGAGUUGCCGUGAGAGGAUCAUAUGCAGUGUUCGCAGUGACAAACUAUUGGGAAACCGCCCAGGCAGCCGUUGAAGUAGCGCAAGGUAAAGCUCUCGCAGACGCCGCCGUUGAGGAAAAGGUCGAGUUCUUCAUCUGGUCGUCCCUUCCACCUAUCGGGAUUCCCCAUUUCGACAGCAAGGCCGAAGUCGAACGGUAUAUUCGGACCCUCCCCCUCACGAGCGUCUUCUUCAUGCCCGGAUGGUUCAUGCAGAAUUUCCAGUCGGUCACAAAACCUCGUAAGAUCACCGACGAGAAAUACGUCCUCGAUCCGAUCAUCCCGUCCGCUACGGCCUCGACACGUGUGCCUCUGAUCGAUAUCGAAGAUAUUGGAAAAUACCUGGCUCCAGCCCUUCAGGAUCCUCCUAGAUACAAUCACACACGUCUUUUUGCUGCCACGGCCUUUUAUACUCUUGCCAGAAUCUGUCGGGUCUGGACCGAGUGUACAAACACGGAGGUCGUUUUUGAAGGCGCUGACCAUGCAAAGAAAUCGACAGAAGCACAAGAGGAGGGACUUUCUGAAGACCUUGGAUCUGGUAAUCUAAGCUAUUACGGUGCAGAGGGGGAGCAGGGCGUCGAGUGGACCAUUCGUCAGGUACAAGAGAAGUUGACCACAUGGGAGGACUUCGUUAAGGACCAUGAGCCAUGGUUCUCCUAG